AUGGACAUCAAACCGGACAACAUCCUUAUCUUCACUAGUCCAGACAGUCCGGUCGGAACAUGGAAGCUGGCUGACUUUGGAAUCUCGUUUGUCUUGAAACGCAAGCUAAAGCGAGACAAGAAAGACAAGACUUUCGAAGAGCCAAUAUUCUCAGCAGGCGAUUUCACGAUUGAAGCAAUGGCCCAACGUGGCGCUGAGGUGCUCGCCUUUGCAGUAGGAGGUAGCGAGUCUGUCGCAAAGUUCGGCGAAGAGCGGAAAAUUUCUCAUCUGGACUCCAAAAGUUACCAGUUCUGGGAGCACACGAUCAACUCAUCUCAGACACAAGAGCAAUCAGACACGCCGUCGGCGCCCAAUGUUAUCAUCAGCAGCGAGAAGAAUUCCGUAUUGGACAACCGCUUCAGAGAUGCUUUCAAGGUCAGCGAGAAGGUCACUAGCUAUCUGCAGCAGAUCGAGAGAGCCUUCCGGCAGUCCUACGACACUAUCUGCGCCUCAACGGAACUCCAGUACCAAUAUUUCACCACUUACAACUAA